CAUCAAGUGUUGCUAUUCUGGAUUCCAACAUGGUUGAUGAGAUAAAAAAGUUAAAGGGUCAUAGUGGUAGAAAAUUGUUUGAUAAAUCAGAAGAGAUAGAGCAGUUAGAAGAUGUAAAUGAAGAUAAGAAAAAAAACUACCAAGAAUAAUAGUGGAUGUGGAAAAAAUUGAUAAUGAAGUUAAAGAAAGAAGGAUGAAGGUAAAGAAUGAUAGAUUUAACUAUGAAGUUAAUGAAAGAAGAACAAAGGCAAAGAAUGAUAAAAACAUCCAUUUAGAAGUACCAAAUGAGAUAACUAAGGUGUGUAAAAUGAAAGGACGUCCUGAAAAGAAGGUUGAUGCUGUGAUUGAGAAGUAAAAGGAGGUAAAAAAUGUUACAGAACUUAGAAGGUUAACUACACGUAUGUCACAAAAUUAAUUCGUUGUAUCUUGCGCUUAAAAGCCUUUCAAAAGACCAAAGGAAAAUGGUAAAGGAUAUGGGGUUUGGUGCAUUCAUAGGUAUGGUUCUGUAUUCAUUGCCGGGGAAGCUAUGUUAUUACCUUGUUGACAAUUUCGUAAGCAGCACAUGUGCAAUCAGAUUGAUAAAUGGUGAAGUGAAGAUUACCAAAGAUACACUGCAUUCUAUGUUUGGACUACCAAAUGGUGGGUUAGAUUUUAAGAUAAUGCCAAGUUGUGUGAAAACAUAUCCUUUACUUGUGGCUUGGAAAGACCAGUUUGAAGAUGGGAAAUAUAAUAUUACAAACUACUUGAAGAAGAUACAAGGUACCCACAAAGGAGAUGAGUUUUUCAAGCUUAACUUUUUGGCAUUGUUUAUAAAUACAAUGCUGGAAUCAGAGCUAAUGGGUUCAUGCAAAGUUGAUUUUAUUGAUAAGUUAGUGUUAUGUAAAGAUAUAUCAAAUAUAAAUUGGUGUGAUUGGUUCAUUGAAACAUUGGUGAAAAGCAAAAACAAAUGGAGGGCAAAUGAUAAGAAUUGUCAUUACAUUGGGCCAAUUUCACUUUUAGUUGUUGCUUAUGCGGACAGAGUUAUAUGUGAUGAGUUAAUACUAGAAAGGAAGCGACCAUUCAUAAAGGAAAUAGAUUCUAAGCACUUGAGGACAUUGGAAGAUCAUGAAGAAAAGAAGGGUAAUUUCGAAACAUUAGAUAUAAAAGAGGAAUUACAUGGGGUUUACAUAGAAGAUAAAAUGUAUGAAGAUAGUAAAUGCGCAUCAAAACCAACUAUCGUGGAAUCUGUUGAGGAUACUUGUGGAAUUAUUGAGAUGAGGUAUAGAAGAAUAAUCGAUGAUAAAAAGAUAAUGGAUGAAACAAUUAAGACGGGAUUGGAAAUAGGACCUGAUAAUCAUGAAAUGUUACAGUGGGUGAGUAAAGUAUGUGAGUUGUUUUGUGGAACGGUUCAAGGAACAACAGCUGCGAAGGAUGUUAAUGCUGAUGAGGUUGUGAAUCAAAAUGUAAUUGGGAAUAAUGACGAUGCAAUAUCACCAACAAGGGAAGGAAGAGUCAUGAUACAAUCACCUACAAUUCAACGUUCCACUAGAAGUUCAAAGAAAAGUAUGAAUUUUACAAAUACAAAUAAAGAAACGAAUGAAAGAGGAUGUGUAGGUGUUGUAUUUUAUGGGGGGAAUUCAAGUUUUGAUUCACCAAUUAAUCUAACACCUGGUUGGAUACGGCAAGCGGAUGAAAUCGAAAUAAGUAGUGCUAAACAGAAGAAAAUGGAUUUUGUGAAUGAUGGCCCAUCGUUUGGUUUAGAAAUAACUCAAGUAACAGAUGAGCUUCAAGCUUGCAGAGUGAAUGAUGUGAAUAAUGAAAAAGGCAAUGGAGUUUUUGUGGAAGUCACAUCAUCCGUGGCUGAAGGAGCAAAAUUAGCGGAUGAUGGAAUGAAUGAAGAUGAUAUGAAAGAGUUAACUGAAGUUCAUAUUGGAUAAAUUGUAGAUCAAAUGGAAGGUACAACAUCUGUGGGUAAGGGAAAAGGCAUAUUGGAUGAUGAUACGAAAUCUUUGGUGAGUGAAAAAAGUGAAAUCAAAGGUGACAAGCAAUAAUAUAUCUGUUGUACAUGGAAUGGUAGAGAAAAGUACGAGAAAAGGGAAGAAGGGUCCAGAGCUAAAAUCACCAUAUGUGAAAAGAAUAGUGGAUGUGGGUGAUAGAAUUCAAAGUGAAGAUCAGAUUGUCGCGACUACUUUAAUUGCAAAAGAUAUGGAUGAGAGUUAUCAUGUUUGGAAAACUAACGAAGGGUAUGGAAUAAACUUGGGCAUUGCAAGGAGUCUUGUCUUUAAAACAAAAAUUGCAGCAAAUGUGAUUGAUUGUUGGUCUAUCCUUCUCAACAAGUCAGAAGUGUUUAGGUCGCCUUCAUCAGAUUCAAGGUUUUUUUUUUCACAACGGAUGUGCUUGUAAGUAAAUUACGUGUUGUGAUAUUAUUAUUCUAUUAGUUUACUUUACUACACAUUUUUUUUAAAUUGUUCAAUACAGAAUAAGGGCAUGCUAGAUGAAACAAAGCAUGAAUAUUUGAGGUAUACAGAUUUUGAAGAAAUGAAUGCCAGAGCAAUAGAGGAUACUGAUGAAAAUAUUGAUCUUAAAAAGACAGAUAUCAUAAUUUUUCCUAUUGUUGAUGGAGAUAAGUACUACAUGGUAUGUUUUGACCUGAAAAGACGUAAAGUAUUACUUAUUGACCAUAAAAGGACUGAAGGGACAAUUGAGUCAAUAUAUGGGAGUAGACCAAAAAUCUUGGUUAGUUUUUUUUAUUAUGUUAAUACUCAAAAACUAAUAUUAUGAUAUUAACAAAAAAAUGUUUAACCAUUUCAACAACAAUUUUUACGAUGUAUUUUGACACUGUUGGAAACAGAAAAGGAAAUGUUUUAAUGAUGGAAGAAAUUAAAGCAAUUCAAAUGAAGUGCCAGGUUAACAAAAACAAUGAUGGUGGUGGCAUUUUCCUUAUGAGGCACAUGGAAUGUUUAUGGGCCAUCAUUCUGCAAAAUGGGAUUGUGCAUUGGGAGGGGAUAUGAAAACACAAGACACUUGUAUCCGUCGAUUAAGGUAUAAGUAUCUUUGCAAGUUGUUGUUAACCGAAUUCAACAUUGUUAAGGAUGAUUUCAUGGUGGAAUACAAGAAGCUGGCUAAUAUGGAGAAAUUCACAAGGAUAAAGUUGGUUGAUCAGAAGUUGAAAGGAUUUUGCAAGGAUUGGAAAGGUGGUGUUUCUUUAAUUUAGGAGGUAAGGUAUGUGUUUUUAUCAUACUAUGAUGGGAAUGUUAUGUUUAGUAUGUGUAUUAAGUUAUGUUUUUUUUGCGUCUUAAGUGUUUUGAAUAAUGGUAUGUUUACUUUUGGGUUGGUAAAAUGUUAGGAU